CUUCGAUGUCGACAUUCGGCUGUUGUUGGAGAAGUAGCAACUUGUGGUGUUAAGGAAGAGAUACGUGUUUGCCAUCGGUGCGGACCUCAGCUCUUCCGGCUAUCAGAGCACUCAGCCUUCUAAAUAAUCUACCCACGCCUGGAUAUAUCCAUCAUGUUCGAGCGCCGUGCCGCGGACCGCUACCGUCUCCGCCUCCACCGUGCCCGCUCCGUAGUCCUCACCCAAGAAGAAUUAGUCGAAGUCCGCGCCGCCCAGCGGACCUUCGAGGGCGCCUAUAUCCGUACCUCUCUCUCGCAAUUUUCCUUCGCUCUCAUCAUCCUCAAGAUCUUCACUUCAGAGUUCUACAGCAUCGGUGCGCUAUUUGCCGUAUAUGGCGCUGGUGUGUUGACCAUUGGCCUCUUCCGGCGCCAGCAGGGAAACAGGCAGUUCUUCAACGAAGUGGAUGUGGAUGGUUUGCAGAGGCGCAAGUUUCGGACGAGUGGGAAUGUGGUGGUUGUGUUGACGGCGCUGAGUAUUGCGGCGUAUGCGUGCUUGUUGGCGUUGACGUUGACGUUGAAGAUAUGAAGGGGUCGGGUCCAGAUGGAAGUGGAAGUGGAUCUAGAUUUCGAUAUGAAAUCGAGGCGGUGCGUUUCGGGAUAUGGGAUAUUAUAUUCGUUCAUACCGUACGUUUUUAUGGGUGCCUGAGUGCUACGUCGGGGUUCGGGAUUCGCCAUCAAGAGGGACAUUGGGUUAUAAAGAGCACAUGCCUGUGACACCUGUUGGGUGGUACCAUCCGGCCCUGCUGCCACCUCCAUAAGGGCAGGGCCUGGCAACAAUGCACAACGCGAACGUGGUGAUUUUAAAGCACUUGAAGCCUUAUAACACCAUGAGCGUCAUGCUCUCUCCAGGCAGCGAACCAUACAAUACUGGCUCUGCGAGCUUAUUGUAGUAUUUCUGUUCCAUGUUGCAUCGUUAUACUUCUGGCUCACCCAACCCUGGUGACCCACGCCUGAUACGCCUAGAGCACCACCUGUCUAGGUUCGACCUCCAAUCUCAUUAUCCAUAUGAUUUGGAGACAUUCGAAGCGCUGGCUACUCUACACCUACUCCCCGCUCAUAUUGAUGCUACAGAACUUUAUGAUGGUCUUAUAUUCGUGCAGGACACAAAGCCUUCUCAGUCAAUACCAUGAAUACACGAAGCGGGAUUCUGGGGUUGCCAUGCGACACCCAAAAUGGAUUAGAUUGGAGUGAACUGGACAGCGACCGAUCGUAAUCUUUUUCCAAGUUUGGGAGGACAAUUGUUGGUUUUUGGGGGUAAGGGAGUUAGGAAAUCCAUACUUGGGGUGUCUUAAAGUUCAGUCAUUGGGGCCUUUUCGCCAACAGACUGGCUCACCCUAGCAUGGAUCAGUCCAUUUAUUUUCCUGCCCGCCACCAGAUGUAUAUUUUGUUUGUAUGGUGCGGUUUGAGGAAAUUUGAAUUAUUUGAAUAGGCAAACUCUCUCCAACCGCGAUAAUGGAUGUGGCCAACAUGGACUAAGUCCAUACGAGUGUUUUGUCUCGAUUUUGUUGGCAAACGUUGAUGAGCUGCAGAGCUUCCAGGUUGUCCAGCUUCCAGCCUGUAGGAUGAAGCUUGCAAGAGGUCGUGAUCUUUCACACUUACUCUUGAAGAAUAAUGUUGUUAUGUGUGUAAUCUGCUGAUACCGGUUCCUGGGACGUUCGAUAAGUUACCUCAGUUAAAUUUGUCAUAAUUGUGGGAAGUUAGUAGAAAUUAUAACGAGUUGACCCCCAGCGCUGAACUUAAAAAAGCAUACAAUUGAACCUUUUUUGCUUCCAACCAUAAACCAA